UAAUUCUAAGCCAACUGUGACUUCUUUGCGAUCGUAUGUAUUUUAUUGAUCUAAAUCAUCAGAACCAUCCAUACACCAGCCAAUAAACAAUGACAACAACUGAACAAGUCCUGCAAUCUGCAACCAAUCGCACAAACCCCUGGAGCUACUUGGGUUCAGUUAGCUCGGUGAGUCCCGUACCGAUAAUGGAUUCAUCCGACACAGUCAGAAGUAUAGGGCAACCUUUAUAUAAUUCUACCGUUAAAUCUGUAGAGGACUCAUACAAUGGAACAGGGUAUUUUAUCGAUGAAGAGGACGACUCGAUGUUGAGUGACAUUAAGACGGUGAUAUUUGCUUGUCUAGCAACGCUUGUUCCUCUAGUAUUCAUACUAAUCAUAGUAUUUGGAGCGAGGUUACUAUGGAUUCAGUACAAAACUCGAAAAAAAGAUGAGGAAUUUGAUGGAAUGUUUAAAGAGAAUACCACAGACUCCAUGACGAAACCAUUGCACUCCCAUCUCCUAAAUGACAAGGUGGACUCAGAAAUCAGUGAUAUCCAAGUAGGGUUUAGAAGAGGCAUGGGUACGAGGGAGGCUCUGUUUAGCAUAAAUGUCUUAGCAUAG